AAGCAGCCUUGUAGUCAGGUCAGCUCAGUAGUGAGGAGAUAAUCAACUCGCACGGACAUUCAAUAUUAUAAAGCAAAAUGUAUAAACUAUUUGCUAUUUUCCUUAUCGGCUUCCUGGCCAGUGAAUCUAUGGCCAUGAGUCCCAGAUUACGGCGGCAAGCUGUUGCCUCAAGUACGGCUGCACCCUCUACCGCGGCGUCUCAAGCAUCCGGACAAAAUGUAGACAUGCAACAGUGUUUACUGACUUGUCCGGUAACUGCGGAGUAUAAUCCUGUUUGUGGUUCUAACGGAGUCACCUACUCCAACCCUGGAAGACUGCUUUGUGCGCAAGCUUGUGGCGAAAAUAUCAGCCUACAGAGAACAGCGCCUUGUCCACGGACAUAGAAUAUUAAUAAUAAUUUACUAUCUCACAUUACAUUAUUAAAUAAAAUAAGUACUGUACAAGUCCGUUUUUUUAAAUAAAAUGUUUAUUAGCGGAA